AUGAUGAGUUGUAAACCGGCCGUCAUUCAUGAAGGUGCAUCGCCAGCACCACAAAACGCUGGUGAUGGGAAGCGUAUAAUGCUGGUCGGAGAGUUCUACUAUGGCAAAUUUGAAGGAGAUGGCUAUACACCGGAGAUUGAUAGAGCAACCACUUUUAAAUGCCAUAGCUGCUUGAAAGUGCUAAAGAAUAAUAUUCGGUUUAUGAACCAUAUGAAGCAUCACCUGGAGCUGGAAAAGCAGAAUAGCGAAAGCUUUGAAAGCCAUACAACCUGUCAGCAUUGCUACCGACAGUACUUGACUCCAUUCCAGCUACAGUGUCACAUAGAGGGGGCUCACAGCCAAAUUGACUCAACAACCAAUUGCAAGAUUUGUGAGCUGGCCUUUGAGUCAGAACAAGUUCUUCUGGACCACAUGAAAAAUAAUCACAAACCUGGAGAAAUGCCCUACGAAUGUCAGGUUUGCAAUUUCAGAUUACUUCCUUCUUCUCAGAUGUGGAAACGCAUUUUCGAGAAGCACAUGGAAAUACUAAAGACCUACUAUCACUACAUGAAACAUCAGAAAAAGGGAAUUUUUCGAUGUGGAAAAUGCAGACUCAAUUUUCUGUCAUUUAAAGAAAAAGUGGAUCAUCGUGUACAACUCCACAAGACAUUUAGAAAACCAGAAGCUCUGGAAGGGCUCCCCCCUGGAACAAAGGUAACCAUUCGGGCAUCAUUGUCUGGAAAACCCCAAAUGUCGACCUUACAUUCGAAAACUGGUCUCAUCGUCACUUCUGAGACUCUACAAACCGAGAAAUCUGCUCAGAAGUCACGGUUUAAAAACUCUGGCCCUGGUAAAUCGACCUUGUCUCAAAAGAAACAAAAACGAACCCCCAAACAUAACUUGGUCCUUAAAAAUUUCAGACCAACCGGAAAACUGAACAAAUGUAUUGAAUGCAAUGGUGCCGUUGUUGACUUCUUUUCUCAUUUCCCAAUGUUAUUAAAUUGUGGUGCUUGCAAUUACAAGACACAUUGUAAAAAAGCCAUAGGAAAUCAUAUGAUACGAUUUCAUAGUACAAUUAGCAAGAGUCGAUUUGCAAAAGAAAAUGGAAAAUGUUCUUCAUCGUUAAAAGUAACGCUGGUAUGUCUCAAAUGUGAUCUUAUGGACUCGUCAGGUGGAAACCGAAUGUGCAAACAUUUAUCUAAACGGCCAAAUCACGGCUGCAAAGUAAUUCAAGUCAAAGACAUCAACGGCAAAGAUCAAGUGGUUCCAGUUGCUGAGAACUUGAAAUCAAAAACUACAGAGAUUGUCGAGCAUCUGGAAGAGAUUCUUUCCACCACAAGUGUGCAAAAUCAACAUUAUCUGAAUGUGAACAAGAAAAUGGAUCCUCAGAAAUGA